UGAGAAUAGUCUCUUCCUCACAUCUCCCUCACUCUCACCCCUCUCUCCCCGGCACUGGUGCAACCCCCUCUGGUGCGCUCUGCGCCUGCGCCGCUCAGUUCCCUUUUCAUUGAGCUGCGCAGGGAGGAUGCACAGUUAGGAGCUCCCAGCUGAUCUCUGUCCCCACUGCUGCUGCCUAUACACAGUGCCUAUAUACAGAGCCAACUGGGUGCCUCUCUAGCUGCACGGAUAGACAUUGCCAUUUGCACUGCAUUGCUAUUUACACUGCGCAGCGUACAGCAGCCCCCAUACUGCACAGCCAGAGCCUGCACCCAGCUGCUGUAGCCUUGCCUGUAGCACCCCAGCACCCACCAUGCCCGACCUCAUCACAGUCAGCGAGUUCAUCUCGGAGACCCUGGAAGACCACAGCUCCCCCACUACUUCUUCUUUCAACAAGAGAAUGGGAAGCUGCAGGAACACAGUGGCAGGCAUUGAGGAGGAGCUGGAUGCUGACCGCAUUGUGCUCACCAAGAUGAAAAAAGCAUCCAAGUCCCAGCACAGCACAGGAGAAGAGCACAUCACACACCUGGAAGUUUACAUCACAACACUGGAGAAGCUGUCGUCAAACUGUAGGGAUAAUGGCGAGGAGGCGCUAAGCAUGGCAUUUAGUGCAUUCGCGGAAUUAUCUAAGGAGCUCUUGACACCGAUGAGAAACGUGUUACAGAACUUUAAUCACAACAUUAAUUACUUUCUCAACUCUCUGGUGAAAGGGGACCUGAAGGAAGUGAAAGGGGAUUUGAAGAAACCUUUUGAAAAAGCCUGGAAGGAUUACGAGAACAAAUUCACUAAAAUCGAGAAAGAGAAGAGGGAGCUGGCCAAGCAGUAUGGCAUGGUGCGCAAUGAGGUGGCCGGGGGCGAGAUUGCCGAAGAGAUGGAGAAGGAGAGAAGAAUGUUCCAGUUACAAAUGUGUGAAUAUUUGAUCAAAGUGAACGAGAUUAAAAGCAAGAAAGGCGUUGACCUCCUACAGAAUCUAAUCAAGCACUAUAACUCCCAGUGCAACUUUCUACAGGAAUGUUUACAAGCCACUGAGAAGCUGAAAUCGUACAUUGACAAUCUGACUUCUGAGCUCCAGACUAUCAAGAGCCGACAGGAGGAGGAGAAGAAGAAGUUAUGUUCUCUGCGGGACCUGCUCAAACCCACCCUCGGGGAACCCAAAGAGCUCAGAAGAGAUUCAAUCAGCAAACCGCCCCUCUACCAUAUGCAUCAGUUACAGGGAAACAUGCAGUACGGGACAGAGAAACAUGGCAGCCUGUACAAGAAGAGUGACGGGCUCCGAAGGGUCUGGCAGAAGAGGAAAUGCUCUGUGAAGAAUUGUUACCUGACUAUUGCUCAUGGAACGGCCAAUCGCCCUCCGGCCAAACUGAACCUUCUUACGUGUCAAGUGAAGCCAAACAUGGAGGAUAAGAAAUGUUUUGACCUCAUCACACAUAACCGCACGUACCAUUUCUUGGCAGAUGAUGAACAAGAAUGUACAGCCUGGAUCUCUGUGCUGACAAACAGCAAGCAGGAAGCGCUGAACAUGGCUUUCCACGAGAAACGUCCCAGUGAGGAGAACAGUAUAGAAGAUCUCACCAAGGCCAUCAUAGAAGACAUUCGGCGGAUGCCUGGGAAUUGUGUGUGUUGUGACUGUGGGUCUCCAGAUCCCAUGUGGUUAUCCAUUAAUCUGGGAAUCCUGACCUGCAUCGAAUGUUCUGGGGUUCACCGAGAGCUGGGGGUGCAUCACUCCCGUAUCCAGUCUCUUUCUCUCGACAAACUUGGAACCUCAGAGCUCUUACUAGCGAGGAAUGUUGGAAAUUCAGGAUUUAAUGACAUAGUAGAAGCCAGUCUGCUGUCCCCGGCCAUCAAGCCCACGAUGGAUAGUGCUAUGCCUACGAGGAAAGACUUUAUUCAUGCUAAAUAUGUGCAGUGGGCUUACACCAAGAGGGGCUGCACUAACGCUCUCACGCGCCUCUAUGACCUGCAGGAGGCCGUUAGGUUUAAGGACAUCUAUAGCUUAAUUCAGGCCUAUGCUGAGAAAAUGGAUCUGACUGAGCCACUGCCCCAUCCAGCACAGGAGCCCGGCGAGACGGUGCUGCACUUGGCGGUGCUGCUAUCGGACCGAACCUCACUGCAUAUAGUGGACUUUCUGGUGCAUAACAGUGGGAAUCUGGUGAAACAGACUGUAAGAGGGAACACGGCGCUUCAUUACUGCUGUCUGUACAACAAGACAGAGAGCAUGAAACUCUUCCUGCGAGCCAAAGUCAACCUGAAAAUAAAAAAUGAAGCCGGUGAGACAGCGCUGGAUAUCGCCAACAGGCUCAAACACACUCUGUGCGAAGAGCUGCUGCUCCAGGCCCAGAACAAUCAGUUUAACAUGCGCGUCCAUGUAGAAUACGAGUGGCGGUUGCGGGAGGACGACAUGUAUGAGAGCGACGAUGAUCUGGAUGAAAAGCUGGGCCCAGUGAAGAAGGAGAGGUCCCUGCGCCCCUACAGCUGCUUCCAGUCUCCCAAUGCGCUCUUUGUGGACAAGAUGGCCUCCAGCAGCAUGUUUCUAAGGCGAGCGUCUCAGGACCAGCGAUACGAGUCCAGCCUGGGAUAUUGCAGCCCAGAGAAUGCAGUCACUCCCACUUCCACGUUCACCCCUCCCCUGCCACCUCGGAACCCAAUCAGAGUACCCAAUGUGCCGCCGCCUCCACCACCAGCCAGCCCCUCUGCUCCUGUCAAGAAAACGCCACCUACUCCUCCUCUGACGACAAAGCACAAGAGAGCCCUGUCAGAGCCUGUACCCAUAAUUCCACACAGUCCUUCCAGUCAGGCCAGUCUACACUUCGAUUACAGUUCCUGCUGCACGUCGCCAUCCAAGUUUCUCCAGUCGGAAGCUGUGUCUAGAAGGCCGAGUAUUGGCUCCCCCAAGCUCAGCAGCCUCCAUGAAGUCCCGGAAGUCCCACCGAAAGAUCACAGGAUGGAAGGAUAUCCAAGGUCCGGAAACCUAAGGUCUCCUCGCGGGAACAGCACCUCUCCACUGUCAGUGCAAGAGCUGUAUAACGUCACGCCAACCAAUCAAGAGCCGCCGCUGCCCAUGCCUCGCCGAAUGAGUCUGAGCAAGCCCAAGCUGCGGCGGGUGAAGGCUCUGUUCGACUGCAAGGCAGACCGCGACGACGAGCUGACGUUCAGCACAGGAGAGAUCAUUGUAGUGACUGAUGAAGAGGAUCAGAACUGGUGGAAUGGCUACGUUGAAGGGCAGCUACACAGGAGAGGUGUUUUCCCAGCAUCCUUUGUGCACAUACUGACUGAUUAACAAGCAAGUAGCAUGGACUGCACUAAUGUACAAGGAUGGGCAGGCCAGGCCCAGUCUGUGGUACAGUUGUAUAUAACAUGGAGGCAAGGGAUCGUCUCUCUGGCUGCAUAUGUCGCCGCCGCAGAAGAGAUCAUGGGGAUAUCCGUCUGCCUUUAUCUACCUAGUCGCCGCUCCCCUCCGCUAACGGACCGCUACAGUCGCUUUUAUCAUCCGGCUUCAACUCUAGAAAUGCCAUUUACAGCUGGUACGAGUGGGGCGGGAAAGGACGUGGAUUUUUCUCUCCUGUAUUCAAAGCCAAUCAACUGGCUCCAGCCAGAAACCAGGAAGCAAAAAUGCAAAAAAACACCCCCAAAGGAAUUCUGGGAGCAAAUUUUAUUAUGCACAAAAGCCUCUGGCAUCUUCAAAGGUCUUUGUUGGUAAUAGAGCACAUCUCUGCUUUUCUAUAUAUCCCCUUCCCCAAAUGGAUUCGUUUGGUACCUUUGUAGCUACAGUUGGUUUAAUCAGGGGCUGACCCUAAGCACAAGGACCUGUGGAUUGUGCCCCAGAUCAGGACCAAUAUUAAGCACUGGUUCCAGUAGGAAAAGAAGCAGAACCCCACAAUAUCCGUUUGUACUUGUUCUGUGAGUCGCUUCUGCCGUUAGAUAAGGAUCUUGCAGCCAUUGCAGCACCCACAGGAAAGUGCUAGUCAGGGUGGGGCAGAGUCAGCGAUUGGUCUGAAUGGGCCCCAGAUUUGCCAAAUGGUUGGUUGGGCAGGCAGUUAUUGGGGGGGGCAGGCAGUAAGCAGCGCUGCCAGUUUCCCUUUAAUCCCAAUACGUUGGACACUUAUAAAUGCAUGUUGUUCUGUGGGUCUGAUGGGCAAGUGUAACGGCGUGCAUUAUCCUCUUGUACAGCGCUAUGGAAUAUGUUGGUACUUUAUAAUAGGGAACAUUGUACAGUCGGUGCCAGCGGAUAGGUGGGAGUUUGGCUUUAUAGCCGUAGCCGGUCUGCAAAGGCCACACACAAGGGCUAUGGCACGUGGAACAUUCCAUUUGUACUCUGGUUAGGGGCAGUCUAAACGCCACCAAAGCACAUUGGCACCUUCUCAUGUGGGUUCCCCUGUAUGUAAGUAAGCACCCCCCGCUAGCGCAGGAACCGGCACAUGUACACUGGCGCCUCAGCCCUAAACUCCCGCGGCACAUGAUUAGCACAAAUCACACUGAUUUUUAAAAAUGUUUUAUUCCUGGAUUUUAUUACAUUUACAUUGCUGCUUUUUGCCACAGUGCAAUAGCUUUUUUUUUAAUUGCUUUGAUUUCCUUGGGUUUUUAGUGAUCUCCUUCUUGUGUUUAUCCACUGGCAAUGCCAUAACAUCCACUUUAUUUUAUAGAGCUCUUCCAUUCAGCAGACUUUGCAUUCAUCAGAGGAUCGUUCCAGCUUUGCAGACCCUUAGCUGCCUGAUAUUCAGGGGAGUCUCAGCCCACGCCUAUUGCAGCGCCCCCCAGAGGUACAGCAGGGUAUUGUUAUUACAGUGAAGCUCUAUUACAAGGGUCUGUUGGCUGUGCCAGCCGCCAAUCAAAGGCAGAACUCCGCCCCUGAUUAGUUUGAUUAGUUAGCCAAUAUCCUUUUCAUUUAUUAAAACAUUGUCCUCUGACAGUCACACAAACUGUAUAAUCUGAUCAUGUGACCUAUCUGAUGCUGUGAAUAACGGGGGUUUUUUUUUUUGGGGGGGGGGGGGGGGGGGGGGGAUGAAAGUUGUAUAUUGCUUGCAGAAGGUGCCAUAGUGCUUAAUGGGCGGGAGUGCAGAAGAAUUGUGUCCCACCAGUGCAUUAUCCCCCCCCCCCCCCCCCGCCGUAUUCCCUGGGAUGGGAGUUCAGUUCAUGAGUUAAAAUCUGCAGCUCCGGCGCUGAGUGCGGCACAGAAAUCGGCAGCAACAUGAAGGCAAGGAGCCGCUAUUGGCUUGGGUGGGACCUUCCUCAGUGGGCCUUAAUCCCUCCCCCCGCGCUACUGUCAGUGUUCCUCGCUGUGUAUCUAUUUAUCCCUCCAGUAAUACAAUAAUAGAUCAGGUACUAUAAAUAUUAUAUAUAUACAGAUAGAUUUCUUUAUUUAUGCAAACAUGUUUAUCUUGUCAAGAGAUCAAUAAAAACCUCAUGAUUGUA